AUGAUUUAUCACCAUUUUUUAACUACGUAAGUUAUCGUUUUAUACCAUUUUAGCGUAUAUUUUUAAUCUCAAAUUAUGUGAUCUAUAUUUGCAGAAAAUCAUCCCGGAAAGCAAUGGAUCCUUGGAAAACAACGCAAAUUCAACAGCAUCACUCCCAACUUCGGCCCAGGACGGCACCCUUUCGCCGAGACUCAGACCAACGUCAGAAACACCAUGGAAUGUAAGUUUUGAUGGCUUUUUUUGGUAUUUGAGGAAAUAUUAGGGAAUUCUUCUUGAGAUUGUUGUUACUUGUUUUUUUGGUUGUUCUUAAAUUUAAUGUUUUUUUAUUUUCAGAUAUUCGGUCCAAUUUCUUUGCUGCGAUUCGGAUGUAAAAUAAAAAAAAAGAAAAAAAUAAGAAAAAAAAUAAAAAAAAAUAAAAAAAAAAGAAAAAUAUAAAAAAAUAAUUUUUUCCUUAUCCUUUUCUUGUAAAAUUUGAUUUGCCUAUUAGUUUACGACCCAUCUCUCAAACAGUGGAUCUUUGGAGCACAUUUCCCGACUGCUACUUUCUAUGCCUCAACUUCGGCCCAGGACGGCACCAUGGCCGAGACUCAAACCAACGACAGAAACAACAUGGAAUGUAAGUUUUGAUGGCUUUUUUUGGUAGUUGAGGAAAUGUUAGGGAAUUCUUCUUGAGAUUGUUGUUGCUUGUUUUUUUGGUUGUUUUUCAAUUUAAUAUUUUUUUACUUUCAGAUAUUGCUCCAAGAUUUCACUGCGUAUCCCAAAUAUCCCAAAUGUUUACCACCCAUUUUUCACUAUGUAAGUUGUUGUUUCACCCUUGCUUUUAGCCUGGUUUUUUCUCAAACUAUAUGGUAUAUAUUUUCAGGAACCUAAACAUCACCUUCACUCUCGCCACACCCCUUUCCAUUUGCAACACCCAUCCUCCCCUCCCACUCGCACCGCACCCCUCCUCCGUUCCACUCCCACCACACUCCUCCCCUAUCACACUCUCUUCAGAAUGUAAGUUUUGUGGUUUGUUGGUAGUUGAGGAAAUUAUAGCGAGGGACCUGAUCCAAUGGCAAAAAACGUCUCCUUUUGCAACCCGGAAGGGACCAAAAUGACCCCAAACCAUUCCCUUCUCUAAGCUAAAAACUCCGCUUUGACAAGCGCGCCCUUUCCUUCAAAGCGGGCUCUUGAAAGCGCGGUUUUUUCAGCUUAGAGAAGGGAAGGGUUUGGAGACAUUUUGGUCCCUUUCGGGAUGCAAAAUGAGACGUUUUUUGCCCUUGGAUCCGGUCCCUCAAUGUACAGAUGGCUUGAGAUUAUUGGCAACUCUUUUUUGAGGGUUCUUCAAUUUAUUCUUUUUAUUUGCAGAGAUCUCCAAGCCCCAUACAACGGAUACCUUUAG